AUGGACGAUGCGCCGCCACUCAUUGAAACACCACCACCAAGAAAACAAUCUCGAGGUACAGCUGCUGAAUAUCAGCCGUUACCGGCAGAGAAACCGGCGACUUUGGCUGUCCGUGAAUCAGACAGCAUAGAACCGAUGUCAGGGUUAACUCCAAGGUUAGAGUCGCGAGUAUCUGCGUUAAGACGCCGUUCAUCGCAAGCGCGAGAUCGCUGGGCGACAAAAAUGGAAUUUCUACUGGCUGUGAUUGGUUAUGCAGUUGAUCUGGGUAAUAUCUGGAGAUUCCCAUCGGUCUGCUAUAAACAUGGGGGAGGAGCUUUCCUCAUCCCCUACCUGGUGAUGUUACUUGUUGGUGGCCUACCCAUGUUCUAUAUGGAGUUGGCACUGGGUCAAUUUCAUCGGUCUGGCUGUGUAAGUAUAUGGCGAAAGGUGUGUCCGAUGUUCAAAGGUGAGCAGUAG